AUGUAUAUGCCGUGUUUUUCUUCUAGGUGGGGGGGCGCAUACCCGAAGCUGGCCCAGCGACUGCGCACGGACAAGGCCAUCGUGCGCUCCGAGAAGCUGCGGGACGCGCUCGGGCGGGUCAUGGAGGACAACACGCCGCGCGGAGAGGAGGAGCUUGUGGACCACCUGCUGAGGCACCUCGGCGCGGAGAACCUCUCGAGGCAGGAGGUCAUCUUCGAAAAGACGCUGGGCACCGGGUCCAUCGCCCAGGUGGUGCUCUUCCGCAUCAGGGGCUCGCAGAGGCUCAUGAAGAUGACCUGGCCCGAGGACGAGGAGCACUAUGCGCACGACUUCAGGACCUUCAAGCGCUGGGAUACGAUUUCCUGGGGGGGCUCCAAAUUCACGUGGCUGAUGUCUGAUCUCACAGGUAAGAAGCUUGGGCAGUUCAGGGUUUUCCUGCAGGCGGUGCUCACAAAAGAGCGUGACAUAUUCAACGAGUUCGACAUGACGCGCGAGUUCGAGGCCACGACAGAGGGGGCCGAGCUCGUCGAAACGUGUGCGGCGCACAUGCUCCCAGCGUACGAGGCCCAGUCUUCACCUUUCACACUCCGGGUCCCCCGUGUGGUCAACCAUGGUCAGUACGUGUUGGAGCAGAGUUUCGCUGGUGGCAAGUCGCUCGAGGAGCUCCAGAUGGCGGCGGCGAACAGCAGCAAUACGUUGAUGCAACAGAUUCAACACCUCUCCAGGGAGAAUGCUUCGACAAUGGACGGACUGUUGCGGCAGCUGGCAGUCUUUGCAGCAAACCCGAGCACAGUUGCGCCCGUGGCUGCCAACGGCGCGGCAAUGGAUCUCAAGGUUGCCACGUCCGCGGCAAUCGCCUAUACUCAGGGCUUCCUCCCAGUGUUGGGAUGCAUGCUCAUGUUUAGGGGCAAAGCCCAUGCUGAUGCCCACAGUGGCAAUCUUCGGUACGAUGAGCAAAGCAAUGAACUAUGGGUCAUCGAUUGGGGGGCGAUGGUAGAGCUGGAUAGCCAGCAGCGUGCCGGAUUGCAAACUUUGGUCACAGAGCUUGCUCGAGGUGAGCUGGACUCUGUGGACUUGACAGCAACGGCGAAUGCAGAAGUCCUGCUUGCGGGGAGUCACUUUGGAGUCAACAUUUGGCAGAAUUUGUUCGAUCCAGAGCAGUACGAAGUUCCAACGGAUUUGAAUAUUCCCGAGCUAAUGAAGAGUAUGAACAACCCGAGGCUAGUCCUUUGCAUCGAAAGCAUUGUUCUGGCCAGCAGGAUGGUCAUGGGCAUCAACCAAGCAGGGCGCAAGUUGAUGACACAGUCGGGCCGCUGGUUUGCAAAGCCAGAAGCGUCCAGCUCAGUGUGGAGGCCUUCGCUGCUCAGCCAGUGGUCAUCUGUUGCAAAUCUGGCGUUAUUGAAGGCCGCGAAGGCGGGUCUUCCUGGCAACCUUACACGCCUGUUCCAGCGACACGCCGAUCCGUCUGCACGCUUCUUGGAUACAACGCACACGGUUCUCAUGCGCUCAGCAGUGGCUGGGAAUCCAGCCAUGGUGGCAGCGAGUUUGAACCAUAGUUUGGCUGUGCCUGUGUUGAAGCUCCAUACACAGUUUGGUGACAAUGCGCUGCAUCUUGCUGCAAGUAGUGGCAACGCCGCUUCAAUAGAAGCCAUGGCAGCACUGUUGGAGACUGUGCCACUCUCGCAGGAGCGAAACUUGGCUGGAAAGACACCUUUGAUGCGCGCAGUGCAUGCUGGGAAUGUCGAGAUCGUUAAGACGCUGUUGAGUUUACCAGGUGCCAGGCAGUCUUUGGCAGUUCGGGACUGGAACAACAAGACUACCUUAUCCUUAGCAAGUUCAAGCGGGAACUCUGAGAUAGUGCAUCUGCUGACUGCCAUCUCAAAUCUCACCACUUGA